AUGGAAACAAUAUGCAUUAUAGUUACUUUUAAUGGUAGAUGGACUGAAGACUAUAAGUAUCUUGAUCAUCAAACAAAGCUUGUUCUAGUACCUGAGGCAAUUCUGUUUGAAGAUUUCAUUAAACAUAUCUUUGAAGUUAUUGAAUUGGAUAGAGACAAGUUUGAAGCAGUGAUAUGGUUUGAUAUCAACCUUGGAACAAGCAAUGGAAUGCUUAUAGUAAAGAUUGAGAAAAAUUAUGACUGCUCUGUUAGCACUAUGAAAGCUGAUCAAAGGCAUGCAACUUCAAAGUUGAUUAGUGGUUACAUUAUCAACAAUCUUCGAGACCCAAGGUUUGAAGUUACACCAGCUUUUGUCAUGGCAAAAAUGCAAAAAUUGCAUGGACUAGACAUUGGGUAUCACAAGGCGUGGCAUGCUAUUCAACGUGCUUCCGCUUUAAUAAGAGGAACUCCUGAAGAGAAUUAUGAAUUAUUGUCUUCAUACUUGUAUAUGAUGAGAAGUAAAAACCCGGAAACAUAUACUAACACAAAGAUAGACGACGACAACAGGUUUCUUUAUAUGUUUUAUACAUAUGGAUCAUCAAUAUCUGGUUGGAACCAUUGUAGAACAGAGAUUGUUGUUGAUGCAACUUUUUUGAAGUCAAAAUUUCGUGAUGUUUUAAUGAUUUCUGUUUCAAAGGAUGCAAAUAACCAAAUUUUCUCACUAGCCUUUGGAAUAGCAGAAUCUGAAAAUAACAAUUCCUAUGAGUGGUACUUUAGUGAGCUUCGCACUGCAAUUGGGAGCCCAGAACCUAAAGCGAAGGAAAGUGAAAAGCGAGGUCAUAAAAUUUUCCAAAGUGCUGCAAGAGUAUACAUGCGCAAAGAAUUUGAUCUAUACAUGUCAGAUAUAGCAAAAGUAGAUAAGAAGACUUAUGACUACUUGAUGGAAGAACCACCAAAAAAGUGGGCACGUUCUUGUAGUCCACGACGAAGAUAUGACAUGCUCACAACAAAUAUAGUCGAGUCAAUGAAUUCUGUCCUAUUAGAAUUAAGGAAGCUGCAUAUAUUAAGAAUGAUGGAUUUCAUUCAAGUGAAGCUACAACGUUGGUUUUAUGAAAGAACAAAUGAAGCAGAAGGAACUUUUUAUGAUGUUUCUUGUUGGGUAGAGGAGGAAUUGAAAAAAAAGAUAGAUUUAGCAUUUACUUUAAAUGUCUUCCUUGUUGAUACAUGGCGUUCUAGAGUUGAAGAAGAAGGAAUAACUUUCUUGGUGGACUUAAACAAAAGAACAUGUGAUCGUUUUCAGUUUCAAUUUGAUGAAUUACCAUGCAUACAUGCAAUUGCAGCUAUCGAGAAGAGAAACAUCUCCAACUUUUGCUUGCACUGGUACUUAAAUUAA